GAUUUCACAAGUUCUGAUGUGCUCGCAGUCAAUCGUGGUGGUCACCAAAGGACUAGGUUCGGUAUCGGAUUUUCGACGAACUUACGGCCAUAGGUUGCCGUUCGCAAAAACUGCACCCACGUCGGAGGAAGCUGGUCUCUUUAUCCAAGCAAGCGUGGACGAUUUGGAUAUCAUACAUGAACUGCUUUGGAGACAUGGAAACCGUGACUGCAGUGCUAACUGUAGUAACAUACAGCUCCAACUUGAGACGGUUCGGGAACAGAAGGACAUACUCCCUGACAAGUUCUCCAAGACACCCUCGAGCACAUCUAAAUCUGUGAAACAAAUUUAUGCGCUAUCUCCAAGUAGCGUGGUUUCAGUAGGAGAAGUAUCAGAAAACGAGCCCGUGAUCGGAUUUGUCAUACCAAGUGCCUCCACCGAACAUGAUAGAGUUGCCAUUGCACAAGCUCUUAAUUCUCUGCCGGGUGUGCCUAAUUCUGUGCUUCCCGAACCUCACUCGCAGAUAUUUGGCGAGGAAUCGACGUCUCCCGUGACCAAGGUCGAAUCGGUUCACGGUACAACAUGUCUCCCUUCACUCCCCGCGAGUUCAACACUUAUAAGAACUGCUCCACCUCCUAUACCUUCACCGUCACCACCCUCUACUCCUACAUCAUCUCCCUGCUUCCUCAAAGAACACAACUGCUACGUAUACCUUGGCAAUGGGCAAUUUUGCUUCUGAAUUGGGACGAUUUUAUUCGAAAAUCGGUCUUGGCACUCGCUAGCCCGAACUUAAGUUGCUGCCUCUUUAUUUAACAACUCCCGCUAACGGCAAGAAGUUCCACUUCGUUGCAUUGCACCUGCAGAGGGAAUAUUAUGUCCCCAAAGUCAAACGUAUACUUCUCCUUGUGUAUACGUAUAAUGGAUGUGAUGGUACGUACCCUUCUACAAUGUACAUGAGAAU